ACAAGGCAUGGCAUAGAAAUAAGUAAACGAACGACUGACGUGUAGGUUUAUGUUAUCUGUGAUAACUUGAAACUCAGCGCAGCAAAGUGAUUUGUAGGUUAAGAAGAAGCCGGCGCGAAAGAAAAUAAAGAAAGAAAUGAUUUUUCGUCUGUCAUUGUCUGUAUUUGCGUUGUUUUUCCAGUACACUGGAACGUCAGAAAUACUUCGGCCUCGAGGAGUCGCUCUAUCGAAGGCAUCUCUGUAUGUCCCUGACAAAGACUUCACAUGCUUUGAUGGCAGUCUGACAAUUCCAUUUGCUUAUGUGAAUGAUGAUUAUUGUGACUGUGAAGAUGGAAGUGAUGAACCAGGGACACCUGCAUGUCCAAAUGGCACAUUCCACUGCACUAAUGCUGGCCAUAAACCACAGAACAUUCCUUCUUCACGGGUUAAUGAUGGAAUUUGUGAUUGUUGCGAUACUUCAGAUGAGUAUGAGAGUCAUGCAAAUUGUGUUAAUAACUGCAAUGAUCUGGGGAAAGCAGCUCGAAUGGAAGCACAAAAACUUGCAGAAGUUGCUAAGAUUGGCAGUGAAAUGAGAGCAGCACUAAGCAGAAAAGGAAAGCAGUUGCGCCAGGAAAAGCAGGAGAGAUUGGUUCAACUUGAAAAAGAUAAAGAAGAAGCAGAAAGUCUAAAGAAAGAAAAAGAAGCAUUGAAGUUGGCAGCAGAAGAGUUGGAGAAUAAGGCUUUAGAGAAGUAUAGGCAGCAAGAAGAGGAGGAGAAAAAAGUGAAGCAAGAAGAAGAACAGAAAGCAAGAGAACAGGAAGCAUUUGAACAUUUCCAUAGGCUAGAUGCAAAUCAAGAUGGGAAGUUGCAGAAAUCAGAAAUACAAACACAACAGACGUUUGACCAAAACAAAGAUGGUGUGGUAUCCGAUGAUGAAGUUACUUUGUUCUUUGACACCCAGCAAGAAAUGGAUUGGGAUGAGUUCCUUGCAACUGGUUGGCCUAGAAUGAGACCAUUGUUGCUAAUGAACAGCGGUAUGUUCAAGCCACCAACAGCAGAAUCACCAGAUUCAUCUGACACACAUGAAGAAAUAGAAACUUUAUCACAGGGUUCUGCUGAAGAAUUACCAUUAGAUGCAAAUGAAGAGGAUGAAAGUCAUAAUACAGAUGAUGAGGAAGAUGAUGAUGGUGACAAUGAGGCCAAUAAGAAUCCUGAACAUGAAUUAUAUGAACAUGAUGGAGAUGCUAUUGAUGAGGAUAGUGCAACUUUAGAUGAAGAGCAUGAAGGAAAAUCUGAAGAUAGCCCAAAAUAUGAUGAAGACACCCAAAGAUUAGUGGAUGAAGCCACAAGAGCUCGGUCAGAGUUUGAAGAAGCCGAUCGUAACCUAAGGGAUGUGCAGCGUGAAAUAAAGCAGUUGCAAGAAUCCAUGGAGAAAGAUUAUGGUGAAGAGGAUGAGUUCGCUCCAUUGGAUGGAGAAUGUUUUGAAUUUACAGAUUCUGAAUAUGUUUAUAAACUGUGUCCAUUUGAUCAUGCUACUCAGCGUUCAAAAUCUGGAGGUUCUGAAACAAGAUUGGGACAAUGGAAUCAGUGGUCAGGUCCAGAAGAAAAUAAAUAUAAAAGCAUGUUAUAUGACAGAGGACAAUCAUGUUGGAAUGGACCUCAACGAUCUGCUCUGGUGAAAUUAAUAUGUGGCACAGAAAAUUCCAUCAGGUCUGUCAGUGAACCUAACAGAUGUGAAUACGUAUUUGAAUUUGUAACACCAUCGAUUUGCCAGCUCAGUGAACAUCAUGCACACGCACAUGAGGAAUUAUAACAAAGGGCCAGACUACAUUUGUGUCUGCGUGUGUAUGUCAUUCAUGUUUGUGUAAGGGUUAGUGAGUGGUUCAGGGAAUUAGCACAAAUGAAAUACAUGUUUGUAAGUAAACGUAAGUUCAAGUAUGGGAGCGAAAACACUAUUGAUCUCUUCAUGUGAUUUAGCAAAUUAUUUGUUGAUUUAUGUGUAUAGUUUGCCAUAUUUCAGAUGCUUUGUCUAUGCCACUGGUUGUGCAUUUGCUGCUGUCAAGCCAUUCUUCAACAGUAUAUUUUUACUAUUCAAUAAGUGGUUUAUGCUGUCCUUCUGUUAUUUGUCUUAAAUACCUGACAUGAUUAAUUACCGGUUUCUGAGUAAACUCAUUUUUUUACAGGAAAAUUCCUACAUUAACUCUUGUUACACUCAAGUAGACUGGCAAGUAGAGUGUAAAACGUACAGUAAUAAGCAGUUGAUUUGUACCAGUUUUAAUGAAAAGUUGUGCAUGUCAUUCUUUAAUUUUGUUUCAUGAUUUAUAAAAAAAAAAAUCAAAUGUGGCUUACAGCACACUGGGAUUUGAUUAUCCUAUUU